AUGUUUGGGUGGUCUCCAAACACAGUGACCGACGACUGGUUCAAGUUUGCGCAGCAGCUGAUUGGGGAGAUGGUCCUCGAAACGAUGGAGAACUAUCAGAUAGGUGGCAUUGGUGUUGAGGUUGAGAUUGAUGAGUCAAAGUUUGUGAAUCACUCGGAGAACUACAAAGAUCCGGUGACUGGUGCAUGCACCAACACCAUCGAGGGCACUUGGAAUGGUGUCAAGAAGCGUGUCCCUGCUAGGAAGAGGACUGAGGAGGGCGUUAAGCCCUGUUUGUUUGAGUUCAUGUGGCGACGCAUGAACCAAGGGCGCCUCUGGAGGGCUCUCUUAGAGGCCCUUGCCCAGAAAAUCCAGGAACUCUACGCUGCUUACUGCAAUUCCGUGGAAAAUCCACCAAGAGUGCAAAUUGACAACAGAUUCCGUCAAGCAGAAAGCACAGACACAUUCUACUCAGCCGUGUUUUGUACUGUGCCACGCGCUGAACGCUGGCGUAUCCAUUCGGGCAACAACGAAGUGACACAACGCAGUGUUUGCAUAUCAGCUGCCAGAGCUGGAAGUAUUCCAGUUAUUCAGUGGGCCCGGGGAAAGGAGUUUCCUUGGAGUGAAAAGACAUGCCAAGCCGCCUCAGAACAUGGCGAUCUGGAUGUCCUCAAGUAUCUACAUGAAAAUGGAUGUCCUUGGGACGAAAACACAUGCUGA